UCACUAUUUGAACAAUAUGGCGGCGCCCUGCAAGCGGUGUGAAACUUGUUAUACGCGUGUGUGAGUGUUUAUGUGGCAUUAGUAAGAAGCUUUGCGCUGAUAUGUAUAAUAUCGAUUACAGUGAAAGGAUCACACAGUAUUUCUAUCGGUCCAGAUUUAUUUGUCAGUGAUCGAUUGGUCCUAGAGUCAUGCCGAUCACUGUUUGGAGGGUUGGUGUGUGCCCGCUGAGACAGGUGUGGGGUGCCCAGCUCAUCAGGGUCAGCGUCCGUAGUCUGUUUAGUGAAACGGGUGUGUGGGAGCGAGACUACAAGGUCGAGACCCGACGCAAAGUAGAACAAUGGUGGCACGGACGCAUCCAGGAACAGUGGCAGAAGGAUGAGGUGGACCAGAUCUCCAAGAAGAAGUUCUACGUUCUCUCUAUGUUCCCGUAUCCAUCAGGCCGUCUACACAUGGGUCACGUUAGGGUUUACACCAUCAGCGAUACCAUCGGCCAUUUCCAGAGGAUGAGAGGCCACCAGGUGUUAAAUCCAAUGGGUUGGGAUGCCUUUGGUCUGCCUGCUGAGAAUGCCGCAAUUGAGCGAGGCCUGGAUCCAGAGGAAUGGACCAAAAGUAAUAUUGAGUCGAUGAGGAAGCAGCUAGACAGUCUAGGACUCUGCUUUAAUUGGGACCGGGAGAUCACCACCUGCCUGCCUGACUAUUAUAAAUGGACUCAGUAUCUGUUUAUAAAGCUGUAUAAGGCUGGAUUAGCCUACCAGAAAGAGGCGCUGGUAAAUUGGGAUCCAGUGGAUCAGACAGUUCUUGCAGAUGAGCAGGUGGAUGAGAGCGGAUGCUCGUGGAGGUCUGGAGCCCCUGUUGAACAGAAGCUUCUUAAACAAUGGUUCAUCAAAACCACCAACUUUGCCAAGCCCCUGCUGGAUGCUUUGGUUGAUCUCCCAGAAUGGUAUGGUGUCAAAGGCAUGCAGGCCAAUUGGAUUGGAGACUGUUCAGGGUGCUUUUUCAACCACACAUUAAAGGUGGAUGGUCAAGACACAGGAGAAGUGUUAUCUGCAUACACCUGUUCUCCAGAGGCUGUGUUUGGAGCUGCCUAUGUUGCAAUCCUGCCCUCCCACCGCCUGCUACACGGGUCCUCUCUUCUCAAAACGGCUCUGCUUAGUGCUCUGAGACCUGGGAGAGACAGCCUGACUGAGGUCACCGCCCUCAACAUGUUCACUGGUCAUGAGGUUCCAGUAGUUAUAUCUGUCAAAAAUGAGUUCCAGGGACAUCUGGACACAGUGAUUGGCAUCCCAGAUUGCAGUGAAGAGGAUGCAGAAUUGGCUCAGUCUUUGGGUGUGAGCUGGAGCUCUGUUCUGAAGACAGAUGAAGAUGAAUCUCAGACUUUAAUAAACUCAGCUGAGUUUACAGGCCAAAACCGACAAGAAGCUUUUAACUCUAUUACCCAAAAAGCCCAGGAGAGGAAAGUGGGUGGAUACCUCACUAGUACAAAACUACGUGAUUGGUUAAUUUCGAGACAGCGUUACUGGGGCACGCCCAUUCCCAUAAUUCAUUGCAGUUCAUGUGGGCCUGUAGCAGUUCCAGAAGAGGACCUACCAGUCAUGCUACCUAAAAUACCCUCCCUAACUGGGAAAGGGGCAUCACCUUUAAAGAUGGCACAGGAUUGGCUGAGAUGCCAAUGUCCUAGGUGUAAAGGUCCUGCGGAGAGAGAAACGGACACCAUGGACACAUUUGUCGACUCAUCCUGGUACUAUUUCAGAUACACUGACCCACACAACCUGCUGAGGCCAUUCGAUCGCUCUCAGGCAGAUCAUUGGAUGCCGGUGGAUGUUUACAUUGGUGGAAAGGAACAUGCUGUCAUGCAUCUGUACUAUGCACGCUUCCUCAGUCACUUCUGCAAAGAGCAGGGCAUGGUUUCACAUAGGGAGCCUUUCAAAAAGCUUCUGGUACAGGGUCUAAUAAAGGGGCAAACAUUUAGGGUGGCAGAGACUGGCCAGUACCUGAAGAAAGAUGAGAUUGAUUUCACAGGACUGGAGCCUGUUCAGAAAGCCACCGGGAGCCGACUGCAGGUGACGUGGGAGAAGAUGAGUAAAUCUAAACACAAUGGCGUGGACCCACAGGAGGUCGUACAGCAGUACGGUAUCGAUACCAUGCGGCUGUACCUUCUGUACGCUGCUCCACCUGAGCAGGAUAUCUUAUGGGAUGUCAAGACUGAUGCCAUCCCAGGGGUGUUAAGAUGGCAGGCCCGUUUGUGGGGGCUGCUCACCAAACUACGAAGUGUACGGGAAGGUCAGGAGACGCCCAACCCUUCCAUCCUGAACAAGAGAGAGCGCUCCGAAGCCAAGAAGAUUUGGGAAAACAAAAACUACACAAUCACACAGGUCACUGAUCACUUCACAGAGGACUUCCUGUUUAACGCAGCCAUCUCUCGGCUGAUGGGCCUGACCAACACACUCUCUCAAGCUUCAUCUCGAGUAGUUCUGCACAGUGUGGAGUUUGAGGAGGCUUUGGCAUCGCUCUGUAUCAUGGCUGCACCCAUGUGUCCACAUUUAGCUUCUGAACUCUGGACAGGUUUGACUCAGGUGAGGAAUCCUUUAGGAACCAUGCUGUCUGGGAAGGGAAAUGUCCUUCAGCAGCCGUGGCCUAGUGUCGACCCAGAGUACCUACAAACCCCUGACACGCUCCAGGUUUCUGUACGGAUCAAUAACAAGAUGUGUGGAAGUGUUUCUGUACCUCGUGAGGUGGCCCAAGAUUCACAGAAGGUUCAAAAACUGGUGCUGGAAAGUCCUUUGGGUGUUCGUCUUCUCUCUGACCGCAUCAUUAAGAAAGCUAUCCUUUCCCCCAGAACUGCCCUUAUCAACUUCCUGGUAGAUGAAUGACACAAUGAAUCAAUGUGCCUCAUAAGGGUUUUGGUAUCCGGAUGAACUGCCUGUGAAAAGCCAAAGACUCUAUAUUCAUGAAGACACCCAUGAACAAUGGUGGAACAAUUCAUUUAAAAGAGUAACAAAAAGACAUGUCUUCCUUGAAUUAUUUAAGGAGAAAUAGUUGUCUUUUAUAUCUACUUUUAUGAAAAUGACAACGAAUGCUCUUUGCUGCUAAAUAAAGAGUAUUUUAGCGGUUUUUAGAUUGUUGGGAUACCCAGCCAAACAUGAUUUGUCCCAUCGUUUCGUCCAGCUCCACCUCUCGGCUCUUGUCACCUCAGAUUCCAGGACAGUCUAAUAGUGUCAGUGCUGUGUGACAAGCUAUUUCUGAAUACCCACUUUUAGCCUGGCAUUAAAACACCUCUAACAGACCUGCAUUGCUGCCUGAAAAGGAGAUAUGAAGACCAUGCUGUGCUUGCAGACAACAGUCUCAUAACCAACAACUAACCUAAUGAGACCCUCAUUUAAUUAACUCACUGCAUUCCUUAUGUCUGUCACAUAAUCACCUACUGGUAAUAAAAUACAGUAGAAGUUCACUGUUCAGAUAAGCAGCCAUUGUGGCAAUAACUAGACAUGUCAAGCACCCAGAUUUGAUCACUUCCACACUUCAUGUUGUGCACUUUCAUAAUACAUAACUGGUACAUUUUCAAGCUUACCAUUAUAUCAGCUGCUAAAAAGAAACAAUAGACACCAUCACAGAAAUUCUAUUGGUUUUAUUGGGAAUUUUAUUGGUUCUAAUGGAAAAUGUCCCAAAACACACUACAGUGUAGUAGUGGUUUUAAUGGUAAAAGCUAAUGAUUUCUAUUGGUAUUUUAAUGGAAACCAUUAGAAUUUUUGUAAUGGUUUUAUUGUUUUGUUUAGCAGGGAUAUCACCAACAACCAGCAGAAAACUGAACCUUGGACAUUCUUCACCAAAGACAAAAGACUAAAUAGCAACUAUGGUGUGCAGUAAGGCCUUUCAGAAUUACAAAAUAUGUUCUUUGCCCCAUUUCUGUAGCUCAGUUGGUAUAGGGCAUUUCAUAAGCAGCACAAAGGUCAUAUGUUUGAUCCCAUAAAACACCUACUGAUUUUUUAAAAAAAUUACAGUUUGAAUGCAAUGUGAAUGACUUUGGAUAAAUGAGUCUGCCAAAUGUAUAAAAAUGCAUUUAUUAUAUACAUAAAUAAAAACAAAAGACAGCAAGUGUAAA